GAUAACUUGAACGCGCCGUCAAACUGUCUUCAAUCCACCUUUCGCGUGCGUUGCAUGAAGAAAAAUUCAUCCUCCCACUCGAAGAAACACACACACACAUACACGAACACACGUACGCCCAGAUGUGCGCUGGCGCACAUACACAUGUACACUCACACAAACAUUCGCCCAGUAACAGUGUACAGUAAAGCGGGCCUUGCUUCGUGCAGAAAUAGGAUGCCGAGAGUGCUGUCCACUUGGGUCGCAUCAGAACAGACGAACAGGCCAAGAGCCAAGUGACGUUCUUGUCCCUGCCAUCGUUCAGUGUAGGGGCGUGUGUUGCUGUACAGAGUAGCAAGGAAAAUUUGAUACGCAGGUUAUGGAGACGUAUGUGUAGUGCGUGUUUGUGCGAUAGGAGCGAUAUAUCCCGGGUAGUACUGGACGAACGGGUGUCUUGACCAGCGUCGACAACCUCGCCGAGAUAUCUCGACAGUGAAGUGAAACACACACCUUCAGUCAACACGCUUGUGACAAAGGCGUUCCUAUGCUUUACCGUUCCAGAGGAGACACGCUUCGAUGUCUCGGUAGUUUAGAUAAUGCUUAAGCUACCCAAAGGACUGAAGAAGAAAAAGAAAGGCAAAAAAUCGAAGAAAGAUCAGGAACUGUUCACCGAAGAGGAGCUCGAGCAGUAUCGCCGGGAGCACCAGAAUCAGUCGGCGCUCAACUCGGCGGCACCAUCGGACAGCGAGGACCAGCCGGGCGGUAGCGAAAAGUCCGAAAACGACGAGGAAUGGUCCAAGUUUGCCGCCCUCACCAGUGGCAUUGACUCGGUGCUAAAGAAAACCCAGGGUGAUCUAGACCGCAUCAAGAGCACCUCGUUCUUCCAGAAGCUUCCGACCAAGGUUGAGCAGGAGGCAAAGGAGCGCGAGGAACGGGAACGGCGCGAGCAGGAGGAACGCGAAAGGGCAGCCGAAGCGGAAAAGGCUAAGGAGGAACAGCGGGCAGCGGAGGAGCUAAUAAACGCCGUCGUUGAGCUAUCGGAAUCGGAACCAAACUCCGAGGCGGAGGAAGAUAUCUUCGAUACCGGGUACAUCGAUGCGAUAGCCAGUGGUGAGCUACCGAUCGCUUACGUCCCAGAGUCACCGGUACUUGAAUCGUUCGAGGGUGAGGACCCGUUUGACACCUCGUACGCGGAAAAAGUUAUCAAGGGCCCGGAAGUUUCGAAGCGGGGCAAGAAGAUCGUUAAUAUCGGAUCGGCUGUCGAGGUACUUACCGGACGGGUUGAGAGUGUUGGCACCGGUUCGACUAAAGUUAAUAGACAGAGGCGUGGUAUCCAGAACCUACUGCUAGCGAGUUUUGACGAGAGUGAGCAGCAGGGUCGGCACGAAGGUGAGCCAAGAUUUGGGGCGGAAGGUAAAUCUUCGGAACAGCCAGCUGCAGUAGAGGAACCGGCUGCAUUUAGCUUGUUGGAUGAUUCGGCCGAUCUACCGGCGGACGUUUCGAUCGAUCUAAGUGUAUCGCUACAUCUGACACUUCAAAAGCAACGACAAGAGCAGCAACAAGAGCAGAUUGAAGCUCGCCAGGAGGCUGCAGACGCUAGUGCUGCACCGGCAGUCGAUCUAGACGAGUUUGACGACCUUAAGAAACGCACACCUGUCCUCGCUGGAGGUGACGACUUUGAGCUACUGAUCGGAGAAGCUGCUGGUUCUAAAGAUCGAACCAAGGCUGCAAGCAACACUAAUCUACCGGUACUUGAUUUAGACGAGUUCGAAGACGCUCCCGUAGACGAUCCGUUCGAUACCGGGUUCGUUGAACGAAUACUGCCAGCCACCGCAGUUGAAGACGACGAGUUUGAUCCCCGGGCCGAAGAACCGGAAGUACCCGAGGACGACUUUGACUUUGAUCCACGCGCUGCCGAGCGGGACGAGAAGCGUCCCAGCACGCCGGAUCUCUUCUCUGUCGAUCAACAUAGUUCGCUGCAGGUUUCGGUCGCCGGGUCGGGUACGCUUACCAAGGAUUUGCUGUCUGGUAGCAGUUCGGAUCUAGCCGGUAUCUCACACGCACCACUUGAGUGUACGGCGGGAGGUAUUCCAGCAGCAUCUGCAUCCUCCAAAGCGGAUCCAUUUGAUACCUCGGACGUUGAGUUUAUUGUUGCGCCGGGUAAGACUGAGCUAAAGUUUCUAGAGGAGGAACUGCUCACGGAUCGUGGCAGUGGUUUGAGCCACUCGCUCAGUGAUCCGGAUUUUGAUCCCCGUGGUGAAACCGAGGAAGAGGCUCGCACAGCCCAAGAGGAGCAACGUACGGAGGAAGAUUUUCAAUCACUAGCACAACGCAAAUCAUCACUUAGUUUGCACAUCGGCAACGGAGGUACGGUAGGAGGUAGUGCUAACCGUAGCAAGUCGGUAGUAUUUGCCGUACCAACACCGGACCUACUGAAGCUCGACGGCGAACAAUCAAUUGCGAAGAAACCACUAACGCCAUACUACAACCGUGAACCAUCGCUACCGGACGUAGAGGCCGAUCCGUUCGACACUUCGUUUGUGCCGUCGGUGGCACCGACACAGCUUGAACUAAGCUUGCUAGAGCAGGAGUUAAACAGUGCGUCUCUACACCACAGUCUAUCUGAUCCGGAGUUUGAUCCGCGUGCCGACUCGUUCCCAGCAGCAGCAGCAGCAGCACCUGCCGCUCGUUCGGAUCUGCUCGGCGUGAGCGAGGAAGAACAUCUGCAGAAGGUGCUAACUCCUGCACGUGGCGGGGUAGAAGUUGAGGCGGAUCCUUUCGACACAUCGAUCGCAGUUAAUUUGCAGCCAGGUCGGGCCGAGUUAAAGUUACUCGAGGACGAGCUCAUACCGCCGGUGGCCAAGGAGAGUAGUGUAGUUUCGGAUAUCUUGUCGGACGGUGCGCCGGAACCUAGUUCCGUGUUUGUGAAGGUAUUAACACCGCAGGCCAGCAACAGUUCACUCGAUCUGGGUAUUGGUGGUGCUGAGCCGGAGGACAUCGAUCCGUUUGAUACGUCGUUUGUGCCGAGCCUGGGUCCGGGACGGGCUGAAAUUAAGCUUCUCGAGAGUGAGCUUAUUGAUCAGUAGGUGCGUGUGCUUAACUUUCUAAACGAAAAUGG